AUCCACUAAACCACUCCACGACUUCCAUCAAAAUCCCGCGAGAAAAUCAAGUCUUCGAUGCAGAAAACUUGAAAAACUCUCCAAGAUAGGGAAAAUCGGAUCCCCUCCAAAGUGGAUUUCAGAAUAUCAGCAGUAGCCAGUGCGCUACGUAAAUAUCAAAAAGUAGAUUUCAUUGGAUUUGAUUUUGAACACUUCUUUUUCUUCAUAUAUACAUUGAAAAAGACUUGUGGUAGCCCAUAUAUUUUUGAUACAGACAGAUUCACUCACCAUUACAUUGCAGCAAAUUUUUUCUGUUCAUCUCUUUCUUUCUUUCUUUAUUAUAUCAGCUUGUAACUUGAAUGGCUUUUUGAAGGGAAAAAAGUUUGUGGUUUUUGUUUCUUAUUUUUUCAUCUGGGCUCUUCAGAUUUUCUCCAAGAACUGAAAAUGGCUAAAAAUAUUCUGUUUUCAAGAUUAAGGAAGGUUGAGAAGAAUGAACGGUUUGAUGAUGAUUUAUUGUCAUCUUGUGAUUCUGAUGAAGUCCAUGUUUUAGCUGUUGAUGACAGUUUUGUUGAUAGGAAAGUCAUUGAGAGAUUGCUCAAAAUCACUUCUUGUAAAGUUACAGUAGUGGAUAGUGGGAUGAGGGCUUUGCAGUUCUUAGGACUGGAUGAAGAAGAAAGUUCUGAUGGUUAUGAUGGUUUAAAGGUUGAUCUGAUAAUCACAGAUUAUUGUAUGCCUGGAAUGACUGGUUAUGAAUUGCUCAAGAAAAUCAAGGGAUCAUCUACAUUUAGAGAAAUUCCAGUUGUGAUCAUGUCAUCUGAAAAUGUUUUAACUCGGAUUGACAGAUGUUUGGAAGAAGGCGCGGAAGAUUUUAUAGUAAAACCCGUUAAGUUAUCAUAUGUAAAAAAAUGUGUGGUUAAAAAAUAA